AUGACCAUCAGCAUGGCUGGGUCACCGUAUUCUUCAACUUCGAGCACCAUGGCAAUCCCUGGGGUAGAGUAUAUUGUGCCGCCCGAGGAGCAUGACGUUGACGCGAGCCCUGAGAGCCAGAGAAGCCAGAGGACCUUCAAAAGGCACAAGGUCCUUCCACACCCCAGGAGCGCAAAUGGGAGCUUCUCUAACGGCUCCGACUCUGCAAGAACUCCCAGCACGGUCUCUCAGAGCCAUACAUUGCGACAUCAACGCCGCAGGAUAAGUGGUGGGGACCUGCCGCCGACUCCACCAGCGCAUUCCAGAACGUCUUCGAGCAGCCACUCUAUCCCCCUCUCGGGCUUAAGCCCCCUUCAGACGCCAGCCCAGAGCUCCGAGGACGUGCCCUCCAAGGCCAGUCCGAGCACCCCGCCGAAUCAACGGAGCCCUCCCACUCCCGACGUGACGCCUCCACAAAGCGCCAUCCGGCCUAGACCUCUGAUAUUGCGGCCGGCUCUCACCGAUCGAGUACCGUCCAAGGCCACUACUGAGUCACGCACCGAAUCUUUCAAGACUGCAAGGGAGAGCCCCGAGCCUUCGGAUGAGGAGGAUGGCCGGUCGACGCUGCGUCCAGCCGCGCAGUCUGCGAGAACAUCAGAGGUCACAGUCCGACUUGCCAAAGGCCAAACCAAUGGUAGCGAAAGGCACACCCCGAAAAACCAUUCAGGCUCUGGGCUAGGUUUGGGACCCAGCUUGGCCGACGACAACAGCCUGACGCCCAAGGCCAAAGGCGACUUCACCGCAUUUGACGGCGAUUUCGGGAGCUCGCCCAACGACGUCGAACAGGAAUGGGAUGACAACCUCAUGAGGAAUGUGACCGUGCGAAAGAGGCGGCCUAGUGCGCAUAACAAUGGAAGGCAACACGAGGUUGUAGAUGAUUUCACUGUCUCACCUACAAAUGCCACAAGAGCUGUGCGCGCCUUCCCGCUGAAGGGCAGAAUUCUUACCUACGAUUCUACCGACCCCUCAAGAAGCUUCACAGCCCCGGAGAGAGCAAAUACGGAUGCAGUCACAAGUGCGGAUAGCAGGAGGCUUUCGGGAAUGUCCUCCAAGUCGGCUGCUUCAACGGUCGUAGAAGCAAUCCUGGUCGGAACCCCUCCGCGCCGCCAAAGAACAUUGCGCCACGUCAAGCGAGUGGAUGCAUUGCGCGAUUCAAUUUGGCAGCCGUCGCUUGUGAGCUCAGCAACGACUCUGAACAGUCUAACAUCCAGGCGGCAAUCUGCAGACCAGGCCAAGGAUGUACUGCGCGAGAGCUAUGCGUCUAACUCGACAGUCAACUCUGUGGGCAGCCGAAAGGCUCGUCGUGAUGUGUGGAAGAACGGCGGCAUUCCGGUAGUUGUGGUACCCGAUCGCCAAUCAUCAAAUAGGUCCAGCAGUCGAGAGCGCUCUUUGCGGUCAGCCGACAGCAGGAGAUCAAAGAGCCAGAGCCUUGGCUCCGUGCCUCUGGACAAGCUGCCAAAUGGCCAAGAUUUGACUCCCUAUUUUGACCGCCCACCCAGACGUGGCCGGUCGAUAUCAGAGUCGGAUGGCUCGACGCCUGGAGAUCAGCAGCGCACCAUGGACUUUCCUCCUGUUGUCCCCCAAAGAGCGUCCUCUUUAUCCGCACCGACGAGUCAACCUGGCAGUCGAAGUCAAUCAAGAGACGCAUCGCGGAAUGGUUCGCGGGCCGGAUCACUGACUGCGGAUAGCCUCAGAGCUCACAAUGCUAUGCAAGCGAACGGAUAUCCCACCAAGCCUGCGCCUGCAGCGGCAGAACGGAACGUCGUUCAGCCGUCGGGUUACAGCGAACAGGUACACCCGCCGGCGGUCACCGUUAAUCCCGUGCCGUCUCUGGAGCACUUCAAACCGAGAGGCGAACAGGAUAGACUCGAGGCCCAUCAACCACGGCAGUCGGCGUCAAGGAUAGGAGAAUUGCUGCUCUCGGCCAAGGCUACACCAUUCUCACAGGCUUCUGUAGAAACGAACGGGACGUCGGCGGCGGACAUCGGGGAAGCCAGGGCCAUCAGCAUGUUUCCUCACCAGAACAGGUCUAUCCUUGUGGUUGACCACAGGCCGUCUGAAAGCUCGGAUGGCGAUCCCGGGAGCCAGUCCACAGAGAGGCCGAACCGGCCUACCAUCACGACCACGGAGGUUGAUGGCAUCUCUGUGGAUGAGCCUUCUACACCUUUGGCGCAGCCAACUUUCACUCUGGACAGCGUGGACUCUCCGUUGCGGAACCCCCGAGAACCCCCAGAACCUCCUGCCAUCAAGUUUAUUCCUGCAACUCCCUCGGGCUUAACACCAGCAGAGGAGAAGACCAAAAUGCUGGGAAACUUCUACGAUGACCUAGACGAGAAACCUAAGAAGGCGCCUUCCCUGGUUCGUCGGGCACUGAGCAAAAGACGGCAUUCGUAUGCAUCCUAUGGGCCUUCUCCAAACCGUGACACUCGUCCCGGCCUCCUAGCGAGGACCUUGUCCCUGGGUAAGAACACGCGAAAAGGCACCAUGGACGACCCGGAGGUGGACCAGCCACACGGCGAAUCGCUGCCACAUGAGCAGCCUAUGGACGAGACCCGACUUCACCCUGACUGGCGGCCAUCGUAUUACCCAAGUCACUACGAUGAUGAUGGGAUUUAUGACAUGGAGGGCGAGGAUGAAGAAGAGGUCAUGCGGUAUCCGUCUAUUGACAACCGACCUCCUCCACCGAAGAGAAGUCUUAGUGAGCGUAUGAAGCGGACUUUUGCCAUCAUGCCUCUCCAAGACGAGGAUGCCUUCAUUAGCGGUCCGGACAAAAGGACAAUCAGGCGGACCCCCAGUGGAAACUUGAGGGUAGUCAAGCAUCGUGGAAGCGUGGGCUCCCUCCGCAACAAGGCGAGCAGAGCGGAACGCCCCUCGACCGCGCCUGAUGGAGACGGACGCCGCCGGUUGUUUUGGUCCCGAUCCAACAGCCUCAGCAGUAUCAGAGGCUCACAUGCCAGUGCCAAUGCAAACGGUACUGCAGAUCGGGCGACACCUCCGCGGACUUCUGAGACCAGGAGAUGGUCCAUGUCUCAGAACUUGGGUGCCCUGACACGGCGCUUAAGCGAUAAGAGACGCGAGAAACGCAGCAACGAGUUACGGAAGAAGAUCAGUGGCCCCCGUGAGGUUCGUGAUGGCGUGGUAGAUGUCAUUCGGCAAGAUGGCUAUCGGCCGGCCUUGUCCCAGCCACGGAGAAUGCCCCAACGGAUUGACGGGAGCUGA